AUGGCCUCCACAAUCCCCUCCAACCAAAUCUCCUACACCACCCUCGCCCUCGCCUCCGCCGGCCUCCUCACAACCGGCUGCCUAGCCUACGCCCUCUACUUCGACUACCGCCGACGCAACGACCUCGAAUUCCGCAAACACCUCCGCAAACAACACAAGAGAGUAUCUAAAACCAUUGAACAGGAAGCCAAGGCCAACGAACAAGGGCAGAAGGACAAGAUCCGUCGCGUAGUCGAAGAUGCGAACGAGGAAGGGUUCCCUAAAGAUCCAGAGGAGACGGAGGGAUAUUUCAUGCAGGAGGUUGCGAGAGGAGAGGGCAUGUGCACCGAUGGAUCUGACCCCGUGGAUGCGGCCUUGUGUUUCUACAAGGCAUUGAAGGUUUAUCCACAACCGAGGGAGUUGAUCAGCAUUUAUGACAAGACGGUUCCUAAGCCCAUUCUUGAUAUUCUGGCUGAGAUGAUCGCCGUUGACCCAAAUAUCAGUGUCUCUGGCUCAAGCUCCGAUGCUGGACAUCCUACUGUGGAGUAA